GUCUUGAUCCAAUGAUAUGUAUUACAUCGUUCUGUGCUAAAUGGAAUUAUGGGUGACAAAAAGGAGAAAGGCGCGGUGACGCGGAGACGGAGAACCGCCACCAUCAGUGGAGAAGCAGCAGCGGGAGCGAGCAGAAAGCACAGCAUCUGUAAUUCCACCCGAACCACUGCACAGAGCUGCGAUCAGCACAGCAGCACCAAAGAGGAUGGCACUCAUGACAGGAUCAGUUGUCAUCGGCUACAGGAGUCGCUGCUUAGCUCAGAAAGUGGCUACAGUAAUUACAGAGGAAUUCUUAACUGGUGUGUGGUCAUGCUGGUGUUGUCCAAUGCACGCCUUUUCCUGGAGAACCUUAUAAAAUAUGGGAUACUGGUGGACCCCAUCCAAGUGGUAUCACUUUUUCUAAAGGACCCAUACAGUUGGCCUGCUCCAUGCCUUAUCAUUGUGUCCAAUGUGUUUAUACUGGCAGCUUUGUACACAGAGAGACAGCUGGCUAUGGGCAGAAUCUCAGAGAAUACUGGAACAUUCCUUUAUUGUGCCAAUCUUGCCACAGUUUUGUGCUUUCCGUCAGGCACCGUUCUUUUUGUAACAUCCAUGACCCCAGUGGGUGGCGUCUUUGCACUAUCGGUGUACACUGUCCUCUUACUAAAGCUCUACUCCUAUAAGGAUGUGAAUAAAUGGUGCAGGGAGAUCAGACAGAUACAAGCACGAAAACUAUUACGCUCCAACUCUUGUCCGUCUGUGCAGAGAGCCAAUGGGAAUGCAGUCCACAGCCAAGUGACCUACCCUGGAAAUCUUACUCACAGAGAUAUGUAUUAUUUCAUAUUUGCUCCAACACUGUGCUACGAGCUGAACUUUCCCCGAUCGGCAAGAAUACGGAAGCGAUUCCUGCUGAGGAGGCUUUUGGAGAUGCUCUUUCUGAUGCAGUUACAAGUUGGUCUAAUACAGCAGUGGAUGGUUCCAACUGUUCAGAAUUCCAUGAAGCCUUUUCAGGACAUGGACUUGUCACGAAUGGUGGAGCGCCUCCUGAAGCUGGCUGUGCCAAAUCAUUUGAUCUGGCUCAUCUUUUUCUACUGGUAUUUUCAUUCCUCCAUGAACUUUGUCGCCGAGCUGAUGCAGUUUGGAGACAGAGAGUUUUAUAGAGACUGGUGGAACUCAGAAACUGUGCCAUAUUUCUGGUCAAACUGGAACAUCCCUGUCCACAAAUGGUGUCUUCGACACUUUUAUAAGCCCAUGUUAAGAAAAGGUGUGAACAAGCUGCUAGCUCAGAUCGCUGUGUUUCUGCUCUCUGCUUUCUUCCAUGAGUACCUGGUAAGCAUUCCUCUGAAGAUGUUCCGGCUGUGGGCGUUCAUGGGAAUGAUGGCACAGAUCCCCCUGGCCAUGUUUGUUGGACGCUUUUUAAAAGGGAACUAUGGCAAUGCUGCGGUGUGGAUCUCGCUGAUCAUCGGUCAGCCCAUCGCUGUGCUUAUGUAUGUCCAUGACUACUACGUACUUCAUUAUGGAGACGUGACUGCGGCUCAUCCGGCCUGAUGUGUCCUAAAUAAGCAAUAUACUAAAUGUAAAAGCCAAAUCUAUUUUAAAGGGAAAUUUUAGACUAUGUUGCACUUUUUCAAUGCAGAGUGAGAGUGAGAGAUUGGGUUAUGUGCAAUGAUCCUUUAUCACUGCCCAGCCAAAGUGGCACUGCAUUGGAAUGCCUUUCUACCGUGUUCAACUUAAA